AUGGAAAAAGCUUUCGAGAUUCAAAGGAAUGCGCGUGAUAAUGUGAAAUCCUUUCAAACGUAUUUAACAGACUUGCAAAAUUGGGAAACGGAGAUGAAACGCAAAGAAGCCGCUCUCCAUGGUGACUUUGAGCAGGAUCUACCACCAGUGAGAAGUAAAGUGCGCAAAGAACGACCUGUACAAGUAAAAAAGAAACCAGAAAACCGAAUUCCAUCAUCCGACUACAAAGCUUGGGAGAAGUUUGAUGUGGACAAAGCAUGCGAAGAAGUAGACAUGGCAGAUGUUGGACCUGCAUCUCUUGACAGUAAAAAGAGUGAAGUGAACAAACAAGAAAAGUUUAGAGAUGAAGCACAGUAUGAGAAAGAGAGGGGUAAUGCAUUUGUUAAGCAGAACAAAUGGGACGAGGCCAUAGCAUGUUAUAACAGAGCUAUUGAGCUGGUUAAGGAUGAUGCAAUUUAUUAUGCAAAUAGAGGACUUUGCUACCUCAAAAAAGACAGCCUCCACCAGGCAGAAAAUGACUGUACAGAAGCCUUGAAAUUAGAUCCAACAUAUGUUAAAGCACUUCAACGUCGCGCCACUGCCAGAGAACGCUUGGGGUCCCUCCGAGCAGCCUCUUCUGACCUUAACGAGGUUAUCAAGUUGGAACCUCACAAUGCAGCAGCAAAGCGUCAGCUGGAAACUAUUAAAACCCGAAUGGGAACAAAAGGGGCAAAGUCUAAGUCAUCCCCACUAUCAACACCGACUUUGGAAGAAAAAUCUUUCACCAAAGCAAAAACAGAGGCAGCUAAGCCGAAAGUCAUUGAGUUACCCCAAGUCGAGCCAACGCCUCUAGAGAAAUGGAAGGAGGGACUAGGAGAAAAUAUUACUGUUAUAAAAACUGUAAAAAAACCGCCCCAUCUCAGAUCGAAGAGGGCGUUAAAACACAUAACGAUAAAAGAAAUUCCGUUAGGCUGCACCGUACCGAAGCCAAAAAUUAUAGAGAUUGACAAUCUUGCCCAAGGUGACACCAACAAUAAUUCGGACACCAAGAAAGACAUUGAUCUCUCUGCGAAGGGCGACUGUAUCCAGGAUAACAUAACAGAGAAAGUAGGGGGUAAUUUAGUACAUGGUGUGGGUCAUAAGGUCCCACCUAUAGAUAAAAUGGUUGCACCGGUAAACAGCGUGCAGUUUAUGAACGAAUGGAAGUAUCUUAGAGGUGCAGACGAGGCUCGGAGUGACUACUUAAGUAUAAUAGACCCGAAGAAAAUCCCAGCAAUAUUUGCGAAUGCACUAGAAAGCGAUGUCUUGUCGGAAUUGCUGCGUACGCUAUACGAAUAUAAGGACAAGUUCACACUGGGCGGCGUAGGCGCAUAUCUACAAGCGUUCGCGAAUGUCAAGAGAUUUUCAGCUCUCGCCAUGUUUUUGACUGAUAAUGACAAGCUCUUGAUAAACAAAAUGCUGGUGCACUGCAAGACGAAAGAGGCGCUAUCUGACGACGAAGUAGCUGAACUAAAGAACAAAUACGAGUUUUAA